CGGACGCUGCGGGUUGAUCCCUGAGUCCUUGGGGUCGUAGCACCAUGAACGGACUGUGCAGGCUUUUUCCCGCACUCACGAGGGGCACCUCACUCCUCGGAGCACAGCCCCAGGCGGCCUGGAACGUGGCCAAGGCCUUUGGAUACGCCACGCACAGCAAGGAGGAGGUGGCCGAGUUCCUGGAGCAGACCACGGUGCCGGAGCGCGAGGAGCUGGAGGCUAAGGCGCAUGGCAUUGAGAACCCAUGGCACGAGGCCUGGCUGGAUGCCCCCUUUGGCACCGAGGAGAACCCGGUGGUGGUGCCCUCUGAGUUUGCGGAGCGCAUUGUGGGGGUGAGCGACCCAGACGACGACUCGCUGGUGUGGUGGGGCAUUAUUGAGGACGGGCAGCCGCCCAAGCAGAUCAUCGAGGGCGGCGAGUUCUUUGUGCUCAAGCGCCUGCCCUCGUCCGGCGGCCACCACUGAGCAGCCCGGCGGCGUGGCAGCGGCGCCCCUGGCCGGCCUGCCCUCGCAGCAGGCGGCAUGGCUGGCCCCUAGCUGGCGGCCCUAGAGCGUGUGGCCGCCCUCGCCGCCGCGAACAGGCUGCCUGAGGCGGCCCUGCGGCGGCGGCGCGGCCACCACCCGCCGCGCUCACCAGCGCUGCGCUACUCUGCGCCGCCUCGCCCGGUUCCACCCUACAUUAGGCCGCAUUGCGCGGCAUCCGCGUGGCAACCUCGGCUGUAGAGUUGCCGGCGCCGCGAGCGCGGCAGGGCGCCGCUGCCACCGCUCGCCCAGCCCUCCAGCGGCCCACGGCCGUCCCGCGUCCCCUACACUUGUCCCUCCCCUCCUCGCUCUCCCUCUUGCACUGUUUCCAACAACAAACCAACCCAUGCCCUUGCCGCACCGGCACCUCGCCGCCGAGUCGCACCCGACACUCGGCGCAUUCACUUGCUGUUUCGCUGUACUUUUUUCCUAGUCCUUGUGCAGGCUGCAGGGUCUUGCCUCUUGCUGUAUGGCCCGCCGCCACACACCGUGUAACGCACCAAUAUAUA